AUGGUUGUAUCGAAAGCAGAUCUACAGGAACGAUCGAGACACGCUGCGCAGCCUACGAAAAAGAUGUCUGAGGAUACCACAACGGACGAGUCUGAUGCGAGGGAGCUGGAGCAGGUCAGUGGCGUUGCGGAUGUGGAUGUGUAUGAUGACGACUAUGAUCUUUUUGGCGAUGUGGAGCUGCGGCUGGAGCUGGAGCGAGAGCGAGAGCAAAGUGAUGAUGAAGAGGGAGAGGAAGAAGAACACGAGCAAGAAGCGCAACAUCCAAAUGCCACGCCAGAGGCUCUCACCGAUGAUCAAGAUAGGGACGAGGUCGCAGUCCCGACAGAGGCCCGAGCAGGUUCGAGUUUGACCGGUGCGAAGAGGAAGCACGAUGAUACGAUUGAGCUAGCGGACAACCAUGUCUACAAUUCUCUCAGCCCAGCGCAAGAAGAACUGAACGAACUGAAGGAGCAAGACGAGCACGAAAUCCCAUCCAUGCCAGUCCCAGAAGCCGACACAACAUCCGCAUCUCUACACAAGCCACCAUCCUCCAUCCAACCCCUCCACGCAGUCCACCCAGAAGACACGCCACCACCCACCCCUCUACGAAAAACCUCAAACGCUCCCCGCUCCUACAAACCCAUCAAGAAACCCCACCGAAACACCCCCACACACAUCGCGAAAUCACUAUCACCCCACCAAACACCCACCACCGCUCCGUCCGCAGAAGCCAAAAUCACCAAAGCCCAACGGGACAUCACAUCGCCCGCCAACGAAGCUGCGGAUUUGGAGCUAUGGUGCAUCUGCCACGCACCCGAUGAUGGGGCGUUGAUGAUCGCGUGCGAUGGGCCUGCUUGUCCGAUCGAGUGGUUCCAUGCAAACUGUGUUGGUAUCGAGAGGCCGCCGGGGGUGAAGUGGUAUUGUGAGGUGUGUGCGCCGGGGCGUGUGGGGAGGAAAGGGGAGGGAAAGGGGAAGGGAAAGGGGAGGGAAAGGGGAAGGGGGAGAAGAAGAAGAGGAGGAGGGUUGGGUGAGAUGGAGAUGGAGACGGAGAUGGGGAGUACGACGUGGAGCUUGUAG